AUGGCCAUCUCAUCGCGCCUGGCCCUGUGGGAACAGAAGGAAAGUGCCAUCCGGGAAGAGGACAAGAGCCCGCCGCCGUCCUCGCCCCCUCCCCUCUUCUCCGUCAUCCCAGGGGGCUUCAUUAGGCAGCUGGUCCGGGAGACCGAGAAGGAAUCCAAAGAAGCAAGAAGGAGGAAGCAAGCAGUGCUUGUCUCCCCUCAACAAGAGACUCCAGAACUUUCCAACAGCAAGUCCAACAGUGGCACCAAAUCUGGAAGCCAGAAGAUUACCCAGGGUGACCAGUCAGGCUCUCCCCAGGACUCGAACAUUCCCAGCAAGGAAAGUGAGGUGGUCGGGAGUAUGGACUCUACACCGAUGACCAGCAUCAAUGAGAAGACUCAGGAGCCGGGCUCCAGUGCGACCCCAGCCAAGAAGCCGCUGCCCUUCAAGAGGGGUGUGAGGAGAGGCGAUGUGCUACUAAUGGUGGCCAAGCUGGACCCUGACUCAGUGAAGUCGGAGCAGAGGACUCCCCCCACGGUUUUCCCUACCUGCAAGACCCCUCCUCCAGCCACAGACUCUGCAGGGGAGACCCCAAGUAGUCCCCGUGGCUCCCAGGCUAGCACUGAGCAGCCAGCCGCAAAAGCCGAGAAGACUCCGACUGGGACUUGUGGGAGCUCAGGUCCCGCAAAUGUGUCAUUGUCAAAAGGCCAGAAGGGCCAGGUCUCAGUAGGGACUGGGGUCAAGGCCCCGCAGACCAAGGGACUUAACGAGGUUGGGAUCCAGGGAGAUGAGGGUCAGGGGACCAGACCACUGACCCAAGAGCCAGGAGAAGGAACACCACACGGGACAGUGGUGGGAGAAGGGGACCCCCAAUCCAAGAAAGAGAAAGGAGGCUCCUCCAAAGAUGCAGGAGGUGAAGGGAAGCAAAUUGGGGCCCCAAUUCAGAUGAGGAAGUGGGGAAGUUCUUUAGAUAGGAGGGGUAAGUGGGGUGAUCUCCAGAGUAAGAAAGACAAAGAAAGGGGCCUCCUGAGGAAGGGGGACAAGACAGGUGAGCCUCCCAAGACAGAGAAGAUAGGUCAAGUGCAGGUGAAGGUGGGAGAACCCCUGAGUUUGAUGGAGAAAGCAGGUGCACCCCAGAGUAAGCCUGACAGGGCGGAUGAGCCACAGAGCAAGAAGGAGAAAGUGGGGCAAACUCAUACUGAGUCUGGGGAGGCAGGUGGCACUGGGGGUCAGCCAGAGAAGGGCUGUGCAGCCCCGGACAAGAUGCAACUGGGGGGCCUGUCUGCAGUGGCAGCUGGGACGGAUGAUGGACCAGAAAGCAGAGGGCAGAGAGCAGAGGCGCCCAGCCCUGGAACAGACACUGGGCACAAGGCGCCAGAGAAGCUGCUGGAAGGACCUGCGCCUGGACUGGAGACCCCAGUGAAAGGACCUCAGACUGGAGAGGAGACUGAUCGACCAGAGCUGCAGGAGGGGGACGUGGAAGGCCGGAGCGGACACACGGACCAGGCCCCUGAAGACAGAUGGUAUGAGGCAGAGAAGGUCUGGCUGGUACAGAAGGAUGGAUUCACACUUGCAACUGUGCUGAAGCCGGACGAGGGCACAGCUGACCUGCCCGCAGGAAGGGUGCGACUUUGCAUCGAUGCCACCAAGACCGUCACCGAGGUGGAUGAGGAACACGUUCACAGGGCCAACCCCCCUGAGCUGGACCAGGCCGAGGACCUGGCCGCCCUCAUCAGUGUGAACGAAUCCAGUGUCCUGAACACGCUCCUGCACCGCAGCCGGGCUCAGCUGCCCCACACCAGCGCCGGGCCGGACUUGAUCGUCCUCCAGCCCCGAGGGCCCACGCUGCCCUCCACAGGGAAGGUACCCAGGGGCCGCUGGGACAACCUGCCCGCCCACCUCGGCUCCCUGGCCCAGCGGGCCUACUGGGCGCUGCUGACCCAGCGGAAAGACCAGAGCAUCGUGGCCUUGGGCCGCAGUGGGGCGGGGAAGACCACCUGUUGUGAGCGCGUCCUGGAGCACCUGAUGGGGCUGGCCGGCAGUGUGGACGGCACUGUCUCAGUGGAGAAGAUCCGAGCCGCCUUCACCGUGCUCCGGGCUUUUGGCUGUGUGUCUACGGGCCACAGCUCCAGUGCCACCCGCUUCUCCAUGGUGAUGUCAUUGGACUUCAACGCCACAGGCCGCGUCACGGCUGCUCAGCUCCAGACGGUGCUUCUGGAGAAGAGCCGUGUAGCACGCCAGCCGGAAGGGGAAGGCAACUUUGAGGUUUUCUCCCAGAUGCUGGCUGGGCUGGACCUGGAUCUCAGGACGGAGCUGUACCUGCACCAGAUGGCAGACAGCAAUUCCUUUGGCAUGGGCGUGUGGUCCAAGCCUGAAGACAAGCAGAAAGCAGCAGCAGCCUUUGUCCAGCUCCAGAGAGCCAUGGGGACGCUGGGCAUCGCGGAGAGCGAGCAGCGAGCCCUGUGGCGGGUCCUGGCUGCCAUCUACCACUUGGGCGCUGCGGGGACCUGCAAAGUGGGCCGAAAGCAAUUCAUGCGGUUCGAGUGGGCAAACCGCGCAGCCGAGGUGCUGGGCUGUGAGUACGAGGAGUUGAAUCGGGCCACUUUCAAGCAUCACCUGCAGCAGAUCAUUGAGCAAGUGAGGUCUGGGUCCAGCCGGCACCUUGAGGAAGAGGAGACAAGUUCAGGGAUGAAGAUGACAGGUGUGGAGUGUGUGGAGGGCAUGGCCUCAGGCCUCUACCAGGAGCUCUUUGCUGCUGUCGUCUCACUCAUCAACAGGUCCUUCUCCUCCUGCCACCUGUCCAUGGCCUCCAUCAUGGUGGUGGACUCACCAGGCUUCCAGAACCCCCGGCACCGGGGCAGAGAGCGUGCUGCCACCUUCGAGGAACUGUGCCACAACUAUGCUCAGGAACGCCUGCAGCUGCUCUUCUACCAGCGGACGUUUGUCUCCACGCUGGAGCGGUACCAGGAGGAGAGCAUUCCUGUGAAGUUUGACCUUCCAGAACGUUCUCCAGGGGCCACAGUGGCUGUGGUGGAUCAGCACCCCUCCCAGGCCCACCUUCCAGCUGGAGGCCGUGCUGAAGACACCAAGGGCCUUUUCUGGAUACUGGACGAGGAGGUCCGGGUGGAGGGCUCCAGUGACAGCGUGGUGCUCGAACGUCUGAGUGCAGCCUUUGAGAAGAAAGGAACUGGGGCUGAAGAGACCUCAGUCCUGCGCACCUGUGAGCAGCCGCUCCACUGUGAAAUUUCCCACCAGCUGGGCCAGGACCCAGUUCGCUAUGACCUCACCGGCUGGAUCCACAGAGCCAAGCCCAACCUUUCUGCCCUGGAAGCCCCCCAGAUCCUGCAUCAGUCGAAAAGGGAGGAACUCCAGAGCCUGUUCCAGCCUCGGACCAAGCUGCCGCCCCUGUGCAGGGCAGUGGCCGGCCUGGAGGGCACCUCCCAGCAGGCCUUGCAGCGGGUCUGCGCUGUGAGGAGGGUGUUUGCCAGCAGCCUGGCCGCAGUGAAGAGGAAGGCCGUGUGCACCCAGGUCAAGCUGCAGAUGGACGCGCUGACCAACGUGAUCCGACGGUCCCAGUUACACUUCAUCCACUGCCUGGUGCCCAACCCGGUGGUGGAGAGCAGGGGUGGGCAGGGGCCUCCCACUCCACCUCAGCCGGGGGGAGAUGAUCCCAGACCAGAGGAACCCCCAACUCCAGACAUCCCAGCUCUGAGGGUCCAGCUGGCAGGCUCCCACAUCCUGGAGGCGUUGCGUCUGCACAGGGCAGGUUAUGCGGAUCACAUGAGCCUCACUCAGUUCCGCCGGCGGUUCCAGGUUCUAGACCCUCCACUCAUGAAGGCGCUCAUGUCCACCUCCGAGGGCGUUGUCGAGAGGAAGGCCGUGGAAGAACUCCUGCAGACCCUGGACUUAGAGAAGAAGGCAGUGGCCGUGGGACACAGCCAAGUUUUCCUCAAGGCGGGAGUGGUCUCCAGGCUGGAGAGGCAGCGGGAGAAGCUGGUGUCUCAGAGCUUGGUGCUCUUCCAGGCCACCUGCAAGGGCUUCCUGUCUCGCCAGGAUUUCAAGAAGCGUAAGAUUCAGCGCCUGGCUUCCCAGUGCAUUCAGAAGAACGUGGCUGUGUUCCUCGCGGUCAAAGACUGGCCAUGGUGGCAGCUCCUCGGUUCCCUCCGGCCCCUGCUGAGCGCCACCGUUGGAGAGAAGCAGCUGAGAGCCAAGGAGGAGGAGCUUACAGCACUGAGAAAGAAGCUUGAGAAAUCAGAGAAGUCGAGGAAUGAGCUCCGGCAGAACACAGACCUGUUAGAGAUCAAGAUUGCUGACCUGACCACAGAGCUGGCCGAAGAACGCUUCAAGGGGGACGUGGCCUGCCAGGCCCUGGAGGGCGAGCGGGCAGAGCGGCUCCAAGCCUCCCGCAAAGUGCAGGAGCUGAAGAGCAAGUAUGAGCAGGUGCAGAAGAAUCUGGGAGCAGUGGAAAAGCAGCUGGAAGACGUCCAGCAGAAAAUUCAGCUGAAUGACUUGGGAAGGAGCCACGUGGGAGGAACUGACGAAUGGCAGAUGCGGUUCGACUGCGUGCAGAUGGAAAACGAGUUCCUCAGGAAGCGUCUCCAGCAGUGCGAGGAGAGGCUGGACUCAGAGCUGAUGUCCCGGAAGGAAGUGGAGCAGAAGCUGGAGAAGCUGCAGCAAGCUUAUGAGGAGGCCAAGAAGACGGCUCAUCAGCUGAAGAGGAAGUGCCACCACCUGACCUGGGACCUGGAGGACACCCGUGUUCUGCUGGAGAACCAGCAGAGCCGCAACCACGAGAUCGAGAAGAAGCAGAAGAAGUUUGACAUGCAGCUGGCCCAGGCUCUGGGCGAGUCAGUGUUCGAGAAGGGCCUCCGGGAGAAAGUGGCCCAGGAGAACACCAGCGUCCGGUGGGAGCUUGGCAAGCUGCAGAAACAGUUGGAGCAAAAGGAACAGGACACCUUGCAACUGAAGCGUGAGGUGGAGAAGCUACAGGCCCAUAAACAGGAGCUGCUGGGAUCCCUGCCUCUGGGGCAGAAUGGCGUUGCUGGUUUAAAGGAGAAGCUCUGGAAGAUGGAAUCAAGUGCCCUCGAGCAGCAGAAAAUCCAGAAUGAGCAGGAAAACACCAUCAAGCAACUGGAGCAGCUCCGCCAGCGCUUCGAGCUGGAGAUUGAGCGGAUGAAGCAGAUGCACCAGAAGGACCGGGAGGACCAGGAGGAGGAGCUGGAGGAUGUCCGUCAGUCCUGCCAGAAGCGGCUCCGUCAGCUAGAAAUGCAGCUGGAGCAAGAGUAUGAGGAGAAGCAGAUGGUCUUGCACGAGAAGCAGGACUUGGAAGGCCUGAUCGGAACCCUCUGUGACCAGAUCGGCCACCGGGACUUCGACGUGGAGAAGCGUCUUCGGAGGGACCUCAAGAGGACACACGCGCUCUUGUCCGAUGUGCAGCUCCUUCUCGGGACCAUGGGGGACACCAAGGCGUCAGUCAGCAAGGAGGAGCUGGACAAAGUGCACAGCCAGCUGGAGGAGAGUGAAGCCAAGUGUGAGGAGGCACUGAAGACCCAGAAGACACUGACCGCCGACCUAGAGAACAUGCACAGCGAACUGGAGAGUGUGACUCGGAACAAGAGCCUGUUGGACGAGCAGCUGUACCGGCUGCAGUUCGAGAGGGACAGCCUCCUGAAGCGCAUCGAUGAGGACCAGGAUGACCUGAACGAGCUCAUGCAGAAGCACAAGGACCUCAUUGCCCGGUCCGCUGCUGACAUUGGGCAGAUCCAAGAAAUGCAGCUGCAGCUGGACGAAGCCAAUAAGGAGAAGCAGAAGCUUCAGGAGCAAUUGCAGGUGGCUCAGCUGCACAUCACAUACCUGGAGCAGUCCACGGUGGACAGAGCCAUCGUCAGCAGGCAGGAGAAGGUCAUCUGUGAUCUCGAGAACAAGACGGAAUUCCAGAAGGUGCAGAUUAAGAGAUUUGAGGUCCUGGUCAUCCGGCUCCGGGACAGCUUGAUCAAGAUGGACGAGGAGCUGUCCCGGGCGGCGGCCUCCGAGUCCCAGCAGAGGGAGAGCAGCCAGUACUACCAGCGGCGCCUGGAGGAGCUGAAGGUGGACAUGGAGGAGCUGGUGCUGCGGGAGGCGGAGGCCAGCCGGCGCUGCAUGGAGCUGGAGAAGUACGUGGAGGAGCUCACGGCGGUCAGACAGACCCUCCAAAGAGACCUGGAGACGUCCAUCAGAAGGAUUGCUGACCUGCAGGCGGCCUUGGAAGAGGUGGCAUCCAGCGACAGUGACAAUGAAAGCAUCCAGACGGCAGUGGAUCGUGGCGCCACUAAAGAGAUGGAUAAUGUCUCCACUUUGAGCUCACAGCCAGAGAGCAAUCUGCAGUCGUGGCUCAGCUGCACCCUGUCCCUGGCUACAGACACCGUGGGGAGCCCUUCUCGGCAGUCUGUGGUCAGUGGGCACACCCUCAGCGCCAGGACAAACGAGGAGGCUGGGGAUGCUGAGAGGACCACCAGAGCAGGAUCCUGGCUUGGGGGAGCCCGCCGCAAGACCCCUGGGGACCGGUCCCCCUGCCCCUCACCGCAGCCGAAGUAUCACCACUUCGGGGAUGGGGAAGGGCUUGGCGCCCAAAGGAACAGCAGGGAGAAAUUAGAUGCUGGAUCCUCGAAGAGCAGAGAGAUGUCCCCAGUGUCGGGAGCCAAGCUGCCCAGCCCCUCAGCCGCCCUCUCCGAGUUUGUGGAAGGCCUGCGCAAGAAGAGGGCCCAGCAGGGACAGGGGUCUUCUCUGGGCCUGGAGGACUGGCCCACCCUCCCCAUCUACCAGACCACCGGGGCGUCCACGCUGCGGAGGGCCAAAGCCCGCAGUGACGAGGGCGACCUCUCACUAAAGCUGGGGGCACAGUCCCCCCUGGAAUUGGAGGGCCCUGCAGGCCUCCUGCGGUCCACCAGCCUUCGAUGCAUCUCCUCUGACAGCAUGGGGUCCACCACGCCGCCCCCUGAGAAGAUCAAGACCCGCUUCAGUUCCUGUGAGUCCCUUCUAGAGCCUGGGUCCAGCCUGCGGAGGAAGCCACACUCCCCGACCACAUCCCGAGAUCCCAUCCUGUCCCCCACACUGCGUCCCCGGAGGCCGUGUCUAGACGCCUCACUGGAAGACGCCAGCUGUCCAGAUUUGGGGGCACAGCCCCUCAUCUUCCAGAACCGCCAGUACUCUCAGCUCGCGGAGGCCCCUCUGGACAGCGACCCGUUCAGCUGGAAGCUUCCGAGCCUGCAUUACGAACGCAAGAGCAGAGUGGAUUUCGAUGACUUCCUCCCAGCCAUCCGGAAGCCGGGGACCCCCAUCUCCUUGUCCGCAGCAUCCAAGGACGGACAAGAGGGUGCACAGCUUCCCAGCAUCAACUAUGAGACAGAAGAGGCCGACUGCUCCUUUCUCUCGGGGCUCAGCGCCGCUUUGCCGAGAAGCCCGAAGCCCAGGGAAGACUCCGCUCACCUCUCUGACUCAUCCUCAUCCUCUGGCCUGUCCUUCAAGAGUGCUGACAGCAUCAAGAGCCGGCCGAGGAUCCUGAGACUGCAGGGUGACGGCGGGGAGCAGCCGGCGCCAGAGAGCAGAGAUCCGGGGAUCAGAGGGGAGGAUGUGGAGAGUAUCAUGAAGAAGUACCUGCAGAAGUAG